GUUGAAUCCGUUAUAACGAAUUUAAUUUGUUAUAACAAAUUUUAGGAAUUCGUUAUAACGAAUUUAAUCUGUUAUAACAAAUUCGCUGAAUUCGUUAUUUCAAAUUUUGAAAUCUGUUUUAACAAAUUAAAUUUGAAAUAACGAAUUCUUGAAUUCGUUAUUUCAAAGAUUGAAUUCGUAUUUUCGGUUUUUUAAAAUCUGUUAUAACGUAUUUUCAUCCAAUUCGUGAUAACAAAUUAAAGAGUGUCAAAAUUUCAAUGUUAUAAAUCCGUUAUCACGGACUGUGAUCUGUGAUAACAAAUAAAUAAAUUUGUUAUAACAAAUUAUAAAAUUGUUAUUUCAAUCUCCAAUGCAAUCUGAUAGUCUAGGCGAUAGCCAUAUUAUAAGCGAGGCUGUCAUCAAGGAAGCCAUUACACAAAAAGUUAAAUAAAGAAUGGCUCAUUUUAAGACUGAAAUUCAACUGUACUUUGAUUUGGGUCUCUCCCACAAGGAAAUGCUUUUGAUGUUAGCACACUGUGAGGGAGUUAUUAUUAGUGAACGACAUCUUAGAAGAAUUUUACGAGGAAUGAAACUAUAUCGACGAAAACAUUACACAGAUCUUUUGAACAUCGCUUUGUUUAUUGAAAAUGAAUUAUCAAAGUCUGGCCAAUUACAUGGAUAUAGAUGGAUGCACAUGAAAUGUCAACAAAACGGGUUGGUUGUCAACAGAGAAACGGUUAGAAUUUUGCAACAGAUUCUCGAUCCAAAUGGUGUGGAACGUCGCUCAAAACGACGAUUAAAAAGGAGACAAUAUAUAAGUAUGGGCCCCGAUUACACAUGGCACAUGGAUUCGUAUGAUAAAUUGAAACCGUACGGAUUAUGCAUUAAUGGAUGUAUCGACGGCUUUUCAAGGAACAUAAUUUGGUUAGAGUGCUAUCGAACUAGUAGUGAUCCAACAAUCAUUGCUGGAUAUUUCAUUAAUGCUAUUGAUGCCAGGAAAGGAUGCCCAAAGCGUAUCCGAGGUGACAGAGGAACAGAAAAUGGACAUGUAGCUGCUAUGCAAACUCUAAUGGCAGGGGAAAAUAGUUUUUUAUAUGGCCAUAGUUGCUGCAAUACGCGGAUUGAAAGUUGGUGGUGUAUCUUAAGAAGAGAGGCAAGUGGGCACUGGAUAGAAUCGCUUGCAAAGCUGAAAAUGGAUGGUGAUUUUGAUGGAUCAUUUUUGGAUGUAAAUAUUCUGCAAUUUUGCUGUAUGGAUCUUCUGCAGAGUGAACUUGACGAAGUCGUUUGUGUUUGGAAUUCGCAUAGGAUUCGAGGAUCUUCAAAUCCGACAUCCCCAGCUGGUCGUCCAAUGAUCACUUACUAUCUUCCAGAGCUUUACAGUGCAAGAGGAUACAUGAUAAACGUUUCUGAAGAUAGAAUUGCUGUAUGUAAAAGCGAAUGCAAAUUUCGGGAUGAUGAACCAUGCGAUGUUGACAUUUAUCGUUUAUGUAUUAUUUACAUGGCAGAGAAGUCUUGGGUUGAACCUAGCAACCUUGACGAAGCUCUAAUAUUGUAUCGAAACCUGAGACAACUUUUAUAUGAAGAUUUGUUUGACUGACAUUAAGGUUUUUGGAUCAUUGUUCGUCUGUGUAACUUUUCUGAUUUUGUUAUGCUUAAAUUACAUAAAACGUAAUAAAGAUAUUGGAUUGGAAA